AUGCCAUCGCUAAAGAAAGGGCAUUGGUCGGCAACUGAAGACAAGCUCGUACUUGAGCUACAUUUACGACAUGGUAGCGACUGGAAAGGCAUCGCUGCAGCUAUGAACGGGGCACGAGACCACAAACAAGUUAGAGAACGAUACGUCAACCACUUAGACCCAUCGAUUGAAGAAGAGCGAGCAUUGGUCAAGUGGAAUAAAAUAGAAGGCCCGCAGUGGGCUGUAUUUGCUCGCCGCAUGCGAAAUGGUGAUGGUUUUCGACGCACAGCGUUACAAGUAAAAAACUUUUUCCAUCGUACGGCUUGCCGAAAGAACAAACGUCAAAAGGAUGCUCCUAUGGAACAGCAGGCUGCAGUUGAUGAGCGACCUAAUUAUGAUGGACGGUCAGGAGCAAGUUUGGCUCAGAAUGUACGAGGCGAAGAGAAACCCCGUGGGCGAAUCAAGAGUUUGAUGAAUAUUAGGAACUUGUUGAACUAG